CCCAAAACAUCAAAUAAGCCUCUCAAUGGACUUCUAAGUUCUACCACUAUUCCACUACCAUCCUUCUAAGGCUCUUGCAAAUCACAAUUAACCAACUUUAGUGGCCAAAAAAAGCUAAUAUACCCAACAUAAAAAGAGAAAGAUAUAGGGAAAGGCCAUCCCUAUUCCCUACCUCCUCUAGUUCUCUCUUUAUAUAAGUACAACCUUAAAAGUGUAAGCAAAGCAACUCCUUUCUUAUUAAAACUACCAAUUUUAAACUUGUUGACACUCAUUAGAGUAAUAUUUAUUGCUACUAAACUUGCUAUGUUCAUGUUUGUGCUUUAAAUAACCUCAAAAUCUCACUCUCUCUUUAAUUUUUCCUCUUGAAAAACAAACCAUACUCUCUAAUCACAGCUCAUGUUACAUGUCUCCCUGUAUUUCCUUUCAAUGUCCUCCAAUGUGAGAUUCAAAACCUUACACACCAAACAAACAACCCAUUUCAUUUCUUGUUUGUGCUUUUAAUUUUCCUUUCUCAUAUAUUUUCUUUUUUUCUCUUUAUUUUUCGUUACAAAAGUAAUUUUUUUUUCUCCCCCUAAUUCUCAAUUAGUGGGAUUAAAGUCCACAGUUUGUACGAUUCGUUUUUAGUAUUUAGAAAAUAAUUUUUUCUAAAAAAAAAUCCAAUAUCCACUGAUUAUCAUUCUGAAAUACAAUAAAUUGUAUUUUUCACAAUCUGGGUAUUGCUCAAAAUUCUGGAAAUUGCGUUUUUGAUCAUCUGGGUAUCGCUAAAAACUCAAAUUUUCAGUUUAUUAUCUGGGUAUUAAUAUAAAAAAAAAACCCAAAAAUUCCAUCUUUUUAUUUUUCUAUACAAAUAUAUUGAUAAAUAAGUAGUACUAAAACAAAAAAAUGGGGAAGGGUUUGGAAGUAUGGUCAGUGAAGCAUUUAUUAAUGGUGUCAGUUGCGUUAAAUGUGUGGUUAGUGCUAAAGUUGAUGUCUUAUGAGAGAGAAAGCAAUUUCACAACAGAGCAGAUCUUUCAUGGAUUCUGUGCAGAAGAAAAGCUGCAUAAACAACUGUCUCCUUCUUCUUCUUCUUCUACUUCAAUGGCUGCUGCAGUUGCAGAAAAAGCUAUUAACUUUCUUAAUCCUUCAACUUCUUCUCAUACCAUUAUUAAUGAUGAUGUUAAUGAUGAUGAUGAUGUUGAUGAUGAUGGGAGAGUUAUUAAUCUUGAUCAUGGCGAUCCGACAAUGUAUGAGAGGUAUUGGGAGCAAGCAGGAGACAAGACUACAGUUACGAUCUCAGGAUGGCAAUCUAUGAGCUAUUUUUCUGAUGUUCGGAACCUUUGUUGGUUUCUAGAACCAGAAUUUGCAAAGGAGGUCACUCGAUUGCACAAUGUUGUAGGAAAUGCCAUCACACAGAAUCGGCACAUUGUGGUUGGCACAGGCUCAACACAGCUGUUUCAAGCUGCACUGUAUGCUCUCUCAUCGUCUGGAGGGAUAGAGCCAAUAAGUGUUGUUUCUGCUACGCCAUACUACUCUUUUUACCGCCAAGUGGUCGAGUAUAUGAAGUCUGGGCUUUACAAAUGGGCUGGUGAUGCUUCUAAUUUUGACAAAGAUGAGCCUUACAUCGAGUUGAUCACUUCCCCUAACAACCCAGACGGGUUCAUGAGACAACCUGUUGUCAAUCGCAGUGGGGGAAUGUUGAUUCAUGACUUUGCUUAUUACUGGCCACAGUAUACUCCAAUCACUUCACCAGCUGAUCAUGAGAUUAUGCUGUUCACCGUCUCUAAAAGCACUGGUCAUGCUGGGAUGCGAAUUGGCUGGGCUCUUGUCAAGGAUGAAGAAGUAGCUAAAAAAAUGACCAAAUUCAUAGAGCUAAGCAGCAUAGGUGUUUCCAAGGAUUCACAACUUCGAGCAGCAAAGAUUUUGCAGGCCGUCUCUGACAGUUGUGAACAUGGUGGUGAAAGCAGGAGCUUUUUUGAGGUCAGCUAUCAAAAUAUAGCCGGUAGAUGGAAGAAAUUGAGAGAAGCAGUGAAAGAGAGCGGGAUUCUGAGUACACCCGAGUUCCCUUCUGCAUUUUGCCAGUACAAAAAUCAAACAUUUAGUACCCAACCAGCCUUUGCGUGGUUGAAGUGUGAAGAAGAGGUUGAGGACUGCGAAAACUUCCUAAGAAGUCACAAAAUUUUGACAAGAAGUGGGAAGCAUUUUGGCAUGAGCCCGAAAUAUGUGAGGAUUAGCAUGCUAGAUAGAGACUCGAAUUAUGGUCUUUUCAUCAAGAGGUUGUCGGCCAUGCGUUUAUAACUCUGAAGAACGAUUCCUGGCAGUGAGAGAGAUUUUAAGGGACUGUAUAUUAGCAUGAAUUAACCUCUUCAGAACGCUUUUCUAACUUGUAUCUCUAUUUUAGAUUUUUAAACUCAUAUUUAGCUUCUAGUUAUGUUAUUAUUCUAGAUAGUUGAUUUAGGUACAUGUAUCAUGUAUGUGGCGAGAGUAAAUGUAUUAAUGUAGGUUGCAGAAUCGUAUUGGAUUGAGUAUUGAGGUUAUGCCCUUUGAACUGCAGCAAACAGAAACUUGCAGGAUGAAUAUACACACAAUUCGCGUAACCUUAUAGUUACA